ACUGACAAUUUGUGUUGGCUAUUUAAGUGGAUUCCAUUGACGGCACCGGCUUCAGUUAAAUGCGAGCUGCAACGAAAUGUCUGACAAAUCCAACUGCAGUUGGCCACUGCUGCUCUUGCUGCUGAUGCUGGCCCUAAGCCGAGUCCGGUCAGAGCGUGAGAAUAUCAACGAUACGACGGCCAGUGAGGAUAGAGAUGACUAUGAAGCGACCAGUCCCAGUCCGUCGAUACCAGAGACCACAGAUCGCCUGCUGACUGGAGAUUUGCGGAAGGCCGCCCGCGUGGAGCAACUGCCGCCGCCUUUGGGCAGUGGUUUGGCGUCGAAGCAGGAGUACGAUGUGAUUGAUGUGCUGGCGUCCACCAAUGCGGUGGUGGGCAAGCCCAAAAGCGGCCAGACCACGCGCAUCUAUACCACGGGAGAGGUGGAUGACAACUUCUGGAUGAAGCAUCUUGGGGAGGACUUCAAGCAUGCCAUUCACCUGCAGGUGGGCGGCACCAAUGAGGAGUACAAUCGUCUGAUCAAUCAGACCCAGAAUGGCAUACACGAGGAGGUGCACCAUGAGUAUCUGCCAGGUGCAGAGCGACCAGGACCCCAGCAGCAGCAGCAGCAAAGAGCUCGCUAUAUGCCACGGAAUCCACACAGGCAGCAGCAGCCUAGUCUCGAGGGUGAGGCCUUGGCCAUGAAGCAGCGAUAUCUGAUCCAGCAGCAGAAGCAGCAGCAGCAGAGAUACGGUUACACACAGCAACAUUCACAACACUACACACCCAGAGCACACACACAUUUACAGCAACAAGAACACACACACACACACGCACACACACACACACACCAGCUACAGCCACACGCACACCAAAUAUACCAAAGACCACACACACACAAACAGCAGCAACAGCAACAGGUGCACUACAUCAACCACCGCCCACCUAUUCGCACCAUUAUCAACUCUAGCGAGGAUCAGCUGCAUGCUGCUCAAUCGAGUCCAGGUGGAGCUGCCACAUCAGCGUCCGGCAUUCAAGCGGCUGGUGGCGUGGGACGAUCCGCCGAUGAGGAUGAGUCGGACACUUUUGGUAGCCAACUGCCAUUCAAGUCGCCCUUCAACGACUACGGCAGUCGACCCACACGCGAUCUCACCUACCUCCUGUACAGGCGGGGACUCUAGGAGUAGUUUAGACCUAAGGCCUGGCCUGGCAGUUGGCCAGCCAAAAAUAUAUUACACAAACAUUUAGGGGAAAGUACAAAAUAAAGUGAAAUAAGCCACA